AUGACUUGUCAAAGGUGUUUCCAGAAGGGACAUAACAAGAAGUCUUGUACUAAUCCCCAAGUUGAAAAACCUCCUAAGAAUCCAAGAGGGAGGCCAAAGAAAAACCCAGGACAACAAUCAACCCAAGAGGAAGUUGUUGAAGCUGGGAGUCAGAAUGUUGCUGCAGCUACUCAGACUCAGAGGAGAAACAAACUACCUGCUAGGAAAGGAUAUGGUAUUUUACAGUCUGAGGAAACAGGGAAUACUUAUAUGAGGUUGUCUUCUGAAAGAAGGGUGCAUCUCAUUCCUAGAAAGGAUGCAAGUGGGUCAAGAAGCAAAGCAAGUGGAUCAGGAGCAAGUGGAUCAGGAAGCCAAGAGAACGACAUUUUCAGAGGUAUGGGGACGAGCAACUCAAGUAGGUUUGCAAUUGGGAAGGAGAAGCUCGGCAAUUGGGAGAGGAGCUCGAAAUUGGGGCGAUACGAAGUUUAA